CCUCAGCGGAGCACGACGCUACUUUCUGUGCGUUUUCCUGUCUGUGCGCUGCUGUUAAUCCUGACGUUUAUGCUGACGACGACGACUGCGGCUGGAUAGUAUUCAACGACAAAAAAGCUAUUUGACGACUACAAUAGUGCGUGCGAGCGCGUGAAUAUCUCCUGCUUCCUUCGUUGGAACGGCGAGUGCCACGACAGACUGUCGAAAGCGCUGUAAAUUUUGACUUUCUCCGUCUUGUGUUAGGGGCUGGUCGUCGCUGCAUGCGAGUACUAACAGAAGUGGAGAAGAUUCGCAGGAGUAGCACCAGAGGUGCAAGUUGGGACAAAUCAAACAUCCGGAUCUAUUGUUUGAGUCACUUAGUGGCUUUAUGAUUAGGUUAGUGCGUUGUUGUUGGUCCAGCAAGCGUACCAGGGCUGAGCGAGUUUAGUCGCCCCGACGUCGUCCCGAUUGUGACGACGUUGGCCGUCUUUUUCGUAGUCGGCUACGAAAAGUUAAGCAUAAAACGCUACCGACGACCGACAAAGAUAGAGAAGCCAAGGAAGAGAAAAGCAUCGAAUUCGUUUGCUGGACGGAUUGUGCUGUCUUGCGUGCAACAGUUGCGACCCCGAGGGAAAAUUUUCUCAAUCUGCGCUUUAAGUAAAGAGGCAUACGCAGAAGUCCCUUAUGAUAAAUGGUUUCCAUCGAGCUUCCACUGAUCUGGCAGAUCAAAAAUCCUGUUCUGAUAUUUUUUCGUCAGCAACAACAACAGGAGUAGAAGCAGGAAACGGUGUGACAUACAUUCGACCAACACGAAUAGAUGAACUUCAUCAAGGUUGAUGCUGUUCAUUGACACCGCAGAUCUGAUUGGUGACCUGAUGAUGGCCUGGACAAACGAUGGCCUUGCGAUAUAAUCAGGCGCCUCAUGUCCUGUUGUGAACAAGACUGUAGUAAUGUUGCGGGCAUUUAGUAUGGAGGAGCAUGGAUUAAUCUGAAGCCCAAACAGCUAUUGAAAUCCUGUCGGUAAGCACGAAUUAAAGUGGCCGGAAGUCGGUCUCAUUUCCCUGCCAAAAUCAUCCGAUAACUAUUUUAUAAGCAUUAUAGUCUCAAGAAAAAAGCUUAGGUUUCUAAUAUUAGUGUGUAUAGAACAGCGAGGACUAACAAAGCAUAAAUGCUAAGUUCAGGUACAUAGCUUAUAUGGCCGUGUGCAUUAUCGAACCCACCAAUCGAAUAUGUUCAAAUCCAAUAAGCCAGACACUACGAACAUAUUUAACAUAAGGUAUUAGUCAUUUUAUUAUAGAUUAAUGAUAGGUAUUUUAUGGGUUGUAUCAAAUAUACGUAGAGCGUAAUACGUAUUUUCUGUCCACCAUUGAAUGCUAUCCCGCCUGCAAUGUAUGAAAGUCCUUUAGAAAGAUCUAGUUGAUUUCGGCGAUUAUUUCCUGCGGACAUCUUAACUGCACCCCAAAUCUUUGGCGUAAUAAAGCCCGCUUACUUAAUUACGAAUUUCCUUAGCUGCUCCUACGAAAAAAUUGUAAACAUUGCUUAGGUAUUACUGUGCCAAUCGCCAUCGGAAUGUUAAGUCGUAUUGAUGAAAUUGUAUUGAAGCUAACUCGGAUCAUCAUAGAUGCGUUGGCGUACGCCUUAUCACAUGACAACGACCUAAUAAUGCAGAAUUAUCGUUGUCCAAGAUGACAUUUGCAAUGUCUCGCAAAUGAUAUCCUUCCGCAGUCUGUUUGGCGCGCUGUUACCAUUAUCGCCAUCAACCACAAUGCCCACUAACAGCAAAGUCAACUGGUACCGCCUUGAUGGUGUCCGAUUUCCUGUGACUGACCUGAUGAACAAAUAAAGGCUCUUUUAACCUUACCCCCUAGUGUUCUCGCCGUAUUUCUAUCCAGCCGGUCUAACCGUUCCUCUAGCUCACUCGACAUGUACGUGCGUAUAAGAUCGUAGCAGGAGCAGUUCGUUUGCUGUCAGAUUCACCGUAGUCUCCGUCGACUCCUUCGAGAGCGGAAUGGAAUGGUGACCACGUUUUCAAGUCAAAGUAGUUGGCCACUGACAGCGUAACCCAGCACUGACGAGACAGUUAAGAAAAACUAACAUGUAGUCGAAUGAGACCUCUUUUUGCACAGUGAUAACUUAAGCAUCAUCAUAGCGAGCAAAUGAUGACACAGGAAGUCAUUGUACUCGAUCAUGGCGUUACCCUCCAUGCGCUCAUACAUUAUGUGCAUUAUUUUCUGAUUUUUGAUGAUAUAAUAAUAACCUGAUAAUGAUCUUCUAAUAAAUCGUUAAUAAAUCGUCUAAUAAAUCGAGCCCCUAAGUGUCGUAUGAAUUGAAUGAGUUCUCAAAGAAUCAUCAUCGAUGCAAUCAUUAAGAUUUCAAUACUAAAAUUUCCUAUUCAAUUCAGCCUUCUAAAAUGGUGCGAGAAAUGGUGGGCAAGACGCCACAAAACCAAACAUGCCCGAAGUGUACAUGCUCGUCGAAAGUCAACGAGGAUCACAAAACGUUUCGACGCAACUCAUAGAAACUAUUGUAGAUCUUUAUCUGUCUCACGAUCACAAUUUUUGGUUUCAAAGACAUGAAAGUGCCUACAUAGUACUUUGCAUUAACUAGGCUGCGUAAAUCAUUUCUUAAAGGCUUUUAGAGUAGUGCAAAUAUAAUAUUAAGGGUAUAGGUGUGCGUGAAGGUGUCAGAGGCGGUAAAAGCUAAUUGCUAUGUCAUAGACCACACUCAGGACUGUUUAUCUUUUCGGUGUUUUUGAUCGUGCCAUAAUGGAGUGGAUAUUGAGCGCAAAAGAAGCCAUUUGGUCCUAUGACAAGCAGCCAACAGCAGCAGCAACAACAACAACAACCGUGUUGAUUUGUUGAUGUCAUUUUAAUGAUUGCACGUUUUUGUUGCGGCGGCCCUUCACAGACCCUGUGAUCGUAAUCCUUGUCAUAAAGAUCGUUCUUAUUCAGAGUGUUGUUUUCCUAUUUUCGACGUAAUCAAGCAUUAUGAAUGAGAAAAACGUACACACAAGCUUAGUGUUAGUGACUACACAGGCAAAAUUCGUAAUAAGCGCGCGAUAACGCUAAGUCGGCCGGUUCAACUGAGUUGCAUAUCGGACACUGAGGCACUCAGUGUAUUGGUAAUUGUAAAUUUAUUCGUUCUACUAAUUUCGAUUUUCGAAAUACUGCUGCUGCUGCUAAACAGAUGAGUCAGUGACUGCUGUUAAAUUUGUUACCAAACUACUAUCAUGUCAAAGUAUUUUAUGGAUGUAAACUCGCACGAACAACCAUGCUUUUGCUUUUAACCUUGUUUACUUGAGGCGGCUAGGUUCUCAAGCGCGCCUAGAUACCUGCAUUCCAAUUUGUACGGCCAUCGUCGUUCUAAUGGUAGGCUAAUCAGUGGCUACUAGCAUUACAAUCUUAAGAGGUGAGAAAAAAAGAAGAUAAUCAUAACAGAAGCAGUAACCAGACGGAUCAAUUGCAGAUAAGACAAGCAUGGAUAGACAGAAACGACAGGCGUCGAAUUAAUUACUUAAGGCCUCAAUAGUUUCACGUAUUCGUUUGCUCCACUUAGCGAUAAUAUCAGUCUAAUAAUAUCUGAAAUACUGAUACAAUUUGAUAUCUAUUUGCUAGCCCAUUCCAUAUUUGUUUUUCAUGAGGUUUGCUCUCCAUUUCUGCCACGUGAGGAACUCUGCUGAUCUGGGGCAACCAAAAAAUGCUUAAGACGAUUAUCUCCAGGUAAUUCCGCGCACUACCGAUCAGGGAGUAACGUCGUCGGUCGCGGAAUAACCAGGAGGUUAUAGCUGGUUGCUGCUGUCGCCACACCGUUUACUCGUCAAAUCUAUAGUAGUCUGCCUGCCUUUCUUCCUAUAGAAUUAUUUGCUACCAUAUACUAAAUCAAUUCAGUGAUUCGUUAGCGCAGUAGAAGACGACCAUUCGCUUUGGCCUGUUGGCAGCACGUGUUGUCGCCACUGUCGCCGCGGUCAUCGGGAGAGACGAGAGACAAACAAAGGGAGAUACCAGCUCUGAUCGACGUCGUGCGUGGCAUCACAACCUUCAGUUAUAUCCGUAUAAUUGGACUUCAUAGAAUCCUCGACAUCAGCGAACAACCUUAUUAUUCCAGUCGAUAUGGAAAGGGAAAUCAAAUCUCCAAAAUGCCAGGUGGACGCCAAUACAGCAGCAGAAUUAAUAGUCCAGCAGGAUCAACUGAACGGGUUCACCGCUAUACCUCCAAAACGCGGCCUUUACAAUCCUGAAAAUGAACGCGAAGCCUGUGGCGUCGGAUUUAUCGUCUCGAUCGAUGGUAUUCACACUCACAAGCUCAUCUCGGAUGCUGAAAUCAUGUCACGCCGUAUGGAACAUCGCGGAGCGUGUUCCUGUGACAAUAAUACGGGUGAUGGUGCAGGUGUGAUGGUCGGCCUCCCACACGCUUUCUAUAAAAAAGUGCUCAAGGAGGAGUUAGAUAUUGACCUUCCCGAAAAGGGUAAGUAUGCGACAGGCGUGAUCUAUAUGGAAAGUAUUCGGUCGGUGGAAACGGAGAAGGCAUUCGAGAAGGAAGCUGAAGAGGAUGGCCUGAAAGUUCUCUGCUGGAGGACAGUUCCAACCGACUCGACGUUCCUCGGAAAUGUCGCCAGAGCUACAGAGCCCUUCAUGCGUCAGGUGUUUGUGGUACCUGCGCAGGCACAGGACGAGCAACGCUUUAAGCUCGAUUGCUUUGUGUUGCGUAAGGCAUCGACUCACAAAAUUCCUGCGACCGGGCUUAGAUUCUACAUCUGCUCGUUAAAUAUUGACACAGUUGUUUACAAGGGUCAAUUAACUUCCACGCAGUUGUGGAAAUACUUUCUCGAUCUGCAACGACCAGAGUUCGAGACAUACCUAGCACUCGUCCACGCUCGCUUCUCAACCAAUACUUUUCCCUCAUGGGAACGAGCCCAUCCCCUUCGAAUGUUAGCUCAUAAUGGAGAGAUCAACACGCUUAGAGGCAAUGUUAACCUGAUGCGUGCCCGGGAGGGUGUCAUGAACACUGAUAUUUUUGGACAAAAGCUGGCCGAUUUGUAUCCCGUCGUAGAGCCAAAUCUCAGUGACUCUGGCUCGGUUGAUACUGUCCUGGAAUUCCUUGUCAUGGCAGGCCAGAGAUCACUGCCCGAAGCCGUCAUGACUAUGGUGCCUGAAGCUUGGCACAAUGAUACGCAAAUGUCUGAGGAGAAAAAAGAGUUCUACCGCUGGAGUGCAUGCGCAAUGGAGCCAUGGGAUGGACCAGCGCUGCUCACUUUUACCGAUGGCCGCUAUGUCGGGGCUGUGCUUGACCGCAAUGGACUCCGACCCGCUCGAUACUACGUGACCAGGGAUAACUAUAUGAUCAUGGCCAGUGAAGUUGGUGUCUUGGACAUUCCUGCUGAUAACAUCAUGCAAAAAGGAAGACUAAGACCGGGCAGAAUGCUUUUGGUGGAUACAGAGGAACACCAACUCACCAAAGACGAAGAACUCAAGCUUCAAAUUGCCCGUUUAAGGCCAUUAAAGGAGUGGCUAAAGGAACUGUUUACUAUGGAGGACCUUCACCGAGAGCAGGGCCGCGUAGGUCAGCCGAUCAGUGUCGUCGUGGAUAAACAAGGCAAUGAAGAUUCGUUCAACGUGUUUAGUGAUAAACGUCUUGGCCUAUUCGGUUACACGAUUGAGACUAUUAACAUGCUACUCCUACCGAUGAUCCAGGAUAGCAAAGAAGCACUGGGUUCUAUGGGCAAUGAUGCUGCAUUUGCAUGCCUCUCAAAAUUUCAACCCCUUAUCUACGAUUACUUCAAGCAGCUAUUCGCACAGGUAACCAAUCCCCCAAUGGACCCAUUUCGUGAAAAAAUUGUCAUAUCGCUCGCGUGCCCCAUCGGACCAGAGGCAAACAUCCUCCAGCCGUCUAGUCUGCAGUGCCGUCGACUCUGGCUGGAUCAUCCCAUCAUAUCGACAAAAGACAUGACAACGUUGAAAGCAAUAUCUCAUAAAGGGUGGAAGACAAAGGUUAUCGAUAUGGUGUUUCCGGUAGCACAAGGCCCCGAUGGGCUGUUGCGCGCUCUUGACCGCAUCUGCUCUGAAGCGUGCCAAGCAGCCAAAGAUGGCUGUUCACUGGUUAUUCUAUCGGACAAAAAGGCAGGAAAGGACUUCGUUCCCGUUAGCGCCGCUCUUGCUGCCGGAGCUACCCACCACCAUUUGAUUAACGAGCGACAAAGGAUGAAGGUUGGCCUUGUUAUUGAAACCGGAGAAGCGCGUGAAGUACAUCACAUGUGUGUCCUGAUGGGUUACGGAGCCGAUGCUGUUUGUCCCUACCUAGUAUAUGAGCUGAUGGCCCAGCUGAGGGUUGAUGGAAUCCUGGAUGUGGAAUUCACUGAUGACCGCAUUUAUCAAGCCUAUUCAAAGGCCAUGUAUACUGGCAUAUCCAAGGUUAUGGCGAAGAUGGGUAUUGCCACCCUACAGUCAUACAAAGGCGCGCAAAUUUUCGAGAUUGUUGGACUCGCUCAAGAAGUUGUUGACAAAUGCUUUAAGAAUAGCGCUUCCCGGAUCAGCGGCUGUACGUUCCGCCAUCUGGCUGAUGACACGUUCGACCGAUACUACCUUGAGUAUACUGACAAACGAUACGACUCACUUGUUCUUCGCAAUCCUGGUCAGUAUCAUUGGCGUGCCGGUGGUGAAAGCCACGUAAAUGAUCCGCUUUCUGUGGCUAACUUACAGGAGGCAGGCAAGACAAACUCACAUGAAUCGUAUGACAGGUUUGUCGAAAGCACAAUGAAAUCUGUUCGCCAGUGUACCCUUCGUGGCCAGUUUGACCUGGUGCCCGCCAAGAACCCAAUAGAUGUUUCUCUUGUGGAACCGGCUUCUGCGAUCGUGCGCCGUUUCUGUACCGGUGCUAUGUCAUUUGGUUCGAUUUCGAUCGAGGCGCAUACUACAUUGGCCAUUGCCAUGAACCGAGUAGGCGGCAAAUCAAAUACAGGUGAAGGAGGUGAGAAUGCUAAUCGCUGGGCCCAUCAAAAACCUGAUGAGAACAAACGAUCAGCCAUCAAACAAGUCGCUUCCGGCCGAUUUGGUGUGACAGCGUCCUAUCUCGCUAACAGCGACGAACUUCAGAUUAAGAUGGCCCAAGGAGCAAAACCUGGAGAGGGUGGAGAACUUCCUGGAUUUAAGGUAUCGAAAGAAAUUGCAGCGACGCGUCAUAGCAUCCCGGGUGUGGGAUUAAUUUCCCCUCCACCUCACCAUGAUAUUUACUCGAUAGAAGAUCUCGCUGAGCUAAUCUAUGACCUGAAAUGUUCCAAUCCCAAAGCGCGGAUUUCUGUGAAACUCGUAUCUGAAGAUGGUGUUGGUGUUGUGGCCUCUGGCGUAGCGAAAGGUAAAGCUGAACACAUUACUAUAUCGGGCCACGAUGGAGGCACGGGCGCCUCAAGCUGGACCGGAAUUAAAGGUGCUGGAUUACCAUGGGAACUCGGAAUAGCUGAGACCCAUCAGACGCUCGUUCAAAACGACCUCCGAUCUCGUGUGGUGCUACAAGCCGAUGGGCAGAUUCGCACUGGGUUCGACGUUAUGGUUGCUGCUAUCCUAGGAGCUGAUGAAUUUGGCUUUUCAACAGCACCGCUCAUCGUCUUGGGCUGUACAAUGAUGCGAAAGUGUCAUCUAAACACAUGCCCUGUGGGUAUUGCCACACAGGACCCCGAGCUACGCAAGAAGUUUACUGGAAAGCCCGAGCACGUAGUGAAUUACCUAUUUUUGCUGGCGGAGGAGAUUCGCAAGUACCUGGCUAAAAUGGGGCUUACUUCACUUCAAGAAGCAAUAGGUCGCACGGAUCUUCUUAAAAUAUAUGAAGGCGUAGACCGCAACCCUCGUGGGUCGUACUUAGAUCUUUCACCAAUUCUGCUUAGUGCGCUGAGCAUGCGACCUGGCACAAAUAUCAAAGGAGGGUCAAUCAGACAGGACUUCGAGCUUGGCAAGCGCAUGGACAAUCUCCUCAUAAAGCAAACUCAAGCAGUCAUUGAUGGUCGAUCAAAGGAGGCCACAAUUCACAUGGAUAUUACUAAUGAGGAUCGGGCCUUUGCGACCACUUUGUCCUACCAUAUUGCUGCCAAGUACGAUGACGCUGGUCUGCCCGAUGGUUCGAAGAUUAACAUCUUCCUUAAGGGUUCAGCCGGUCAAUCCUUCUGUGCGUUCCUCUGUCGGGGUGUGUAUGUCACUUUGGAAGGAGAUGCCAACGAUUAUGUUGGAAAGGGUCUCUCUGGUGGCGAAUUAACUAUUGUUCCACCUAGUAAUGUUCAAGAGCAAUUCCGCAGCGAGGAAAAUGUCAUCGCAGGCAACGUUUGCCUGUAUGGGGCUACGGCAGGUAAGGCCUUCUUCCGUGGAGGUGCUGCCGAACGUUUCGCUGUACGAAACUCUGGUGCGACCGCUGUGAUUGAGUUCAUCGGCGACCACGGCUGUGAGUACAUGACUGGUGGACAUGUCAUGGUGCUCGGCCUUACGGGACGAAAUUUUGCCGCAGGUAUGUCCGGUGGUAUCGCCUACAUACUAGAUGUAGAUGGCAAGUUUCAUACACGAUGCAACACUGAAAUGUGUGACCUUCUCCCGGUUGACACAGAUGAAGAUAUGACGUUUGUCAAAAACUUUAUGCAGGAAUUCAUUGAUAAAACUGGCUCAGAAGUGGCAAAGACGCUACUUUCCCAAUGGCCCAUAUCAGCUGAGAAGUUCGUAAAGGUAUUUCCACACGAGUAUCAGCGCGCUCUGAAACAAAUGGCUGAGGAAGCUCAAUCCAUGAAAAAAGUCGAACAGGCACCUGCGAUCAAAGAUAUUGAAGAUGUGGCUGGAAAGCUGGACAAAAUACGGGGAUUCAUGAAAUACACGCGUGAAACACACCCCUACCGAAAUGCUGAAGUCCGCAUGAAUGAUUACAAGGAAAUCUAUAAUUAUAGUCACGUACGCAAUAGCCUGAAAACACAAGCUGCACGUUGCAUGGAAUGUGGCGUACCGUUUUGUCAAUCUUCCCAUGGUUGUCCAUUGGGUAACAUCAUUCCUAAAUGGAAUGACCUUGUCUUCCAAGGAAAUUGGCAGGAAGCCCUCAAUCAGCUUCUUCAGACCAACAACUUCCCUGAAUUCACCGGCCGCGUGUGCCCCGCACCCUGCGAGGGGGCAUGUGUCUUGGGAAUUAAUGAGCCACCAGUCACAAUCAAGAAUAUAGAGUGUGCAAUUAUCGAUAAAGGAUUCGAGAUGGGAUGGAUGGUGCCGCAUCUGCCGCCGGUACGUUCAGGCAAAAAGGUGGCAAUUAUCGGGUCUGGUCCCUCCGGUUUGGCGGCAGCUGCACAACUCAAUAAAGCCGGUCAUUUGGUCACUGUGUAUGAGAGAAAUACCCGUGUAGGUGGUCUGCUACGAUACGGUAUUCCAACCAUGAAACUGGGGAAGGAUAUAGUUGACAGACGAGUAAAGCUAAUGGAAGACGAGGGAAUCAAGUUUGCUUGUAACAAGGAUAUCGGUAAAGAUAUUAGCGGUAUAGAGUUAAUGUCUCAAAAUGAUGCCAUCGUCAUUACAACGGGGUCGACCUCGCCUAGGGAUUUGGUUAUUCCAGGUAGGCAACUAGAGGGCAUCCACUAUGCUAUGAGCUUCCUUGAGAAAUCGCAAAAACAACUGGCGGGAGACGAUCUGCCAAUUAUUGACGCUAAGAAUAAGAAUGUGAUUGUGAUUGGAGGAGGUGACACCGGAGUGGAUUGUAUUGCCACCUCGCUACGUCAGCAGGCGAAGAGUAUCAUCACGUUCGAGAUUCUGCCACAACCGCCUGACAACCGUGCGGACAAUAACCCAUGGCCUCAGUGGCCUCGCAUCAUGCGCGUUGAUUACGGCCACGAGGAAGUGCGACUGAGGUACGGAAAGGAUCCCAGACAUUUCUCCAUCCUAUCGAAGGAGUUCAUCGAUGACGGCAAAGGCAACGUAGCAGGAAUCCGCACAGUCAAUGUGAACUGGGCUAAGAACGAAAUGGGUCGAUGGAUGAUGACCGAAGAAGUAGGAUCCGAACAAGAGUUCAAAGCUGAUCUUGUACUGUUGGCCAUGGGAUUUCUAGGACCCGAAAAGUAUCUGAUUGAACAACUAGGACUUGCUCAAGAUCCGCGUUCCAAUAUUGACACCAAAGGCAAAUUUGCUACUUCGAUACCGAAAGUAUUCGCAGCUGGAGACUGCCGUCGAGGUCAAUCGCUAGUCGUUCAUGCCAUCAAUGAAGGUCGCCAAUGCGCUCGUGAGGUUGACCAAUUUCUCAAUGCGGGUGUGUCAACCCUGUCAGGACCUGGUGGUGUUUUAUUCGGUAUCCGGCAGGAUAGCUAAAAUAAGACAUCCGGACUAAAAUUCAUCAAGCUGAAGUCUUAAAGCAUCAAUCAAGUUUAAGUCUACAACUGCAGGGUUAAGAUUAACAUCGAAAGCUAGGAUAAACCUGAGGUUACAACCAUGCGACUGUGAAUUUCAUGAAGGAAGUCUGAUAAAUCUGGAAGCAGCAGAGCUUUUCUGUAAAUUGUGUGUAAGAAAAAGGAUCGGAGUUCGCGAUCCUUCACAGCUGCGUAUUGCGAAUUGAGAACGAAAUGUCAACUCUGUCACCUUUGCUAAAAGCUUCCACUCGGUGUGCGCAACAGCGACAAACAAGAAGCUACGACGAAUUGUUCUAGUAUUAAAAGCACGCAUUAACAUAUAUACAUACGUAUUGGGAUACACAGUGACAUUGUUUCGAAGCCCUAUUUGAUUCAAGUCGAAAAUCUGUAGCCCCUGGGUACGGGAAUAGUAACCUCUCUUGGACCUGUUCAGCUAUAAAUAAGUUUCUCAGACAACUCAACAAUGCAGGACAUAUAUGUAGGCCCGACCCAGCAACAAGAAUCUAUUGGCUAAAUAGAAAAGCGAAACACCAGCGGCAGCGCAAAAAACAAUGGACUUGUUUUAAGGGAACCGCCAAAGUCCACACGUUAUUUCAUACCAGAGAAAUAUAAUUUAAAAUCUAAAUCUAAUUUCAGAGCUAAUAACGACCCCGUGUUGUUCUAAUGCCUUUAGUUUUUAGCUUUUCAAAGUCGACUGAUUCUAGCAGAUGCACAGUGGAGAACAAUGACAACAUCAUUUGACCGUCCUGCGCUCAAUUGAGGUCGCAGUUUUAACAAUUAAACAGGUUUGAAGAGUGGAGAUAUCUAAGGAUAACUUGUCAUCUUAGCAUCUGGCAAAAGAAAGCUUAAUAUCACAGAAGAAGCCGAAGGCCAUUUGCCAUUGAUCAAGUUUUAUUGACACCAUAGACAGCCAGCCCAAAUUAGAAAUGAGGACGGUCAGAACGGAAGUAAAACCCUAACGUGACUAAUCAAGUUUCCAUUUUCGGGAGUCGAUUUGUUUUUAUGAUGCCAAGCUCAUAAAUGUUUAGGAUGGUAAACGGUGAACUGUCAGUGAAUAUACACCAUCAAAGUUGUUACUUUGCCGAGUAAAGUUGGCGCUGAAGUGUUGGCUGACGGGUGGGCGCCCAGUCCCGAGUCUUUCUCGCCUCAGAAAUGACAGCGAAUCAAAAGAAGCUCUGAAAGCGCGCGAAAACUUAAACGAGAUUUGUUCUUUCUGUGGGGGCUUUCUUCGGACCGGCGAAGGGAAGACAGGCCCGCGUGGGACGCGCACUACGAGGUGAAAUAUACUAAUAUUAAUCAGGGUCGGUUAUUGAUUUAUCUAGUAAUGGUGAUGGCGAUCAUGAUACAUUAGAGAUAAUAGCCCUGUUACUAAUACAUAAUGAUGAAUAGGAAUUAUUUAGCAUUACAAGUAAGAUAAUUAGUUGAUAAUAACAUAAUUUAUAACGAUAAAUCAGUCUCGUGAUUCGUUACUAUCGUAGAUUAUUAGAUGGUACGUUCGUAGAUCGGUCGGUCGGUCGGUCGGUCGGUCGGUCUAGUUGAUCCAUCGUCAGGUGUUCAAAAUGACGUUUUACCUAUUUUAUUAUUAUAUAUUUAUUACAAAAAGUGCAGACAUAUACACAUUGAGUGUACAACAAUUUUUAAUUACGGUUAAUUAGAUUAUCUAUGACGAAAAAGUACUGUAGAAUAUUUAAGUAGCUGGAUAGUUUUGUGUACAAACGAAUGCUGAUGAUGGUAUGUGCUUAUUUUAGACGACUAGAAAGCAAUGCUAAGUUGCUAUGCUUUUGUUACCGAUGGUGCUUACUGUAAGGCGCGCAUACCGUUUCGUUCACAGGCCGCAAUUAACAGCCCAGGGAUAACCUUCUGUGUGGUCAACAAUGCAGGCCACAGGGGUCUUGGUGUAACAGCCUUAACGAGUUUUUCUUGAGAAACAUAAGCCAGGCCAGCGACAAAGCAUCUUAUUUUUGUAUUUCGAUCUGCUCUCUGACAGGCAUACACAGAAACAUGUGGUCACAAUGUCCGAGCUAACCAUAGCACAAAGACAAAAACAAGCUCCUCAAACUUUCGUUGCUUUUAUCAGGUCGUAACGCCCUUUCAAUCAUAUCAAAAUGUUCAUAUUUUUUAAGAUAUCCGCUAAGCCUAAUUCAAUGACUAAAAGUAUUUAGACGGUUUACCUGAGGUGAUGUUGAGUUUUAGUAGCAACAAGGAUCAGCUUAUAUCAUGUCAAUUUUUGAUGGUUUUUCCGGGGUGUCAAAUGCUUCGAGAGACAGAGUAAAGCAUUCAACCUUCUUGAAACGGUCCAUUCAAGUUGGCCUAUUAUUGUUACUACUAAUACUGCAACCAUCACUAUUAUGUAAUCUUGAAGACGCCUUAAACGAGAAAAUAACCUAGAUUUUUAGGUACAGCUAUGUCAAAACAAUGGUAUAUACAUACAGGUACAAGUGGAUAGAACGAGUAGAAUAAAACAUCACAUAACAGUAUAUCGUGUUGGUGUCGUCCGGCCGACAACUGCUGUGAAUUGUUAAU